AUGGACCCCGAAGCCGCCACAUCUCUGGAGGCUGAGUCAGAGGUUCUAGAGGACGAGGCCGAAGAUGAGGAGGAAGAGAGCGACGAGGAGGAGAUACAGGUGAGGCCUGCGCUGGAGUUCGACGAGAGCCGGGCAGAAGGAAUUAUCGCUGCGGUACAAGACGCCAGAAAGCAGCAGCAAAGUGCGGCAGCUCUUCUGCAGGAGCGACAGCUUAUCACCGACGAAGCCAGUGCGGUGCAGGCGCUUCGAGCUCUGCGGCUUUCAGGUAUGGACGAAGAGGUCUUAAACUUCUUUCUAGACUUCGAGUCGCUGACUGCCACUCCGGAGGCUUAUUAUGAGAAGUUGUCAGCCAUGGUUCAGCUGGGGAUGCUCCCCGACACCUUCAGCCUGCUAGACGAGCUCAGGCGAAUUUCGGGCUGA